AGAUAAAUACAAUUUUAAAAAACAAAUGGAGGUUUGGGAUGAUUUUAAGAAAAUAUUUGAUUUCAGUGAAUACCGCAAUCAAUGGGCAUCAUUUGGUGCGGGUGUCCUGUUUUGUACGGGUUGGUGGUUCAUAUUAGACAUUGCUGCCCAUUACCGCAGUAAUGAUUUUAAUAACAACUUUUAUUUAUGCGGUAUAUUUGCAACGAUUGCCUUAAUAAUGAUAAAUACGGUGACAACUGAGCAAAUAGACGGCCAGUCAUAUACUGAAGGUUGUUGCGGUCCACAGACGUCUCGCGUAUGGUUUUUAUUGGGUUGGAUAUUGGCUUUCAUUUCAUUGAUUGCAUCCGUUUGGAUACUAUUCCAACAUUAUGUCGUUCCCGAGGAAAAGGAGAGUCAUGUGAAUAAAUAUCCCGGAAUCGCACUCUUUAUGCAAAACUUAUUCAUAUUUGGCUCUUCUUUGCUCAUGAAAUACGGCAGAAGUGAAGAAAGAUAUUAAAAACUUUAAUAUUGAUGUCAAAGCUCUCAUAUAUUAAUUAAUAUUUUAGUAUUAUUUUGUAAAUUUGAUGUCAAAAGUUUUUAAGUAUUAU